AUGGUGAAUGUACCUAAACAGAGACGUACGUACUGCAAGAAAUGCAAGGUACAUAAGGUACACAAGGUUACACAGUACAAAAAAUCUAAGGAACGUCAAGCUUCCCAGGGUCGUCGUCGUUACGACCGUAAACAGAGUGGUUUCGGUGGUCAGACUAAGCCUAUUUUCAGAAAGAAGGCUAAAACAACCAAAAAGAUUGUAUUAAGGAUGGAGUGUUCCGAAUGCAAAUACCGUAAACAAAUCCCAUUGAAACGUUGCAAGCAUUUUGAAUUGGGAGGUGACAAGAAACGAAAGGGCCAAAUGAUCCAGUUUUAA